AUGUCUUCAGUACGGCCCAUGACACCAGCAGACCUGCUGAAAUUCAAUCCUUGCAACCUGGACCACCUGACGGAAACAUACAAUAUCGGGUUCUACCUGGAUUACUUUUCCAAAUGGCCCGAAUUGUGCAUGGUGAUCGAAGGACGCCACGGGGAGAUUGAAGGUUACAUCCUCGGCAAAGUAGAAUCAUCACCCUACCCAGCACCCCACACACCCUACAACCCCUCGCACCCGGCUUACACAAAAACCUACCCCAACUACCUCCCCUGGCACGCCCACAUAACCUGCCUCACCGUCUCCCCUUCCUCCCGCCGCCUGGGCCACGCGACCGCCCUCUCCGAAGCCCUAGAACUAAUCGGCGAGCGUGAAAACGCAUGGUUCGUGGAUCUCUUCGUCAGAGUCGAAAACACGGCGGCCAUUGAACUUUACAAAAAGAUGGGGUAUUCGGUUUAUAGGAGGAUAGUGGAUUAUUAUAAUGAUGGGAGUGACGCUUUUGAUAUGAGGAAGCCGUUGAGUAGGGAUGUGGAGGGGAAGACUGUUAGGGAGGGGGGAGAGGAGAUUAGGGUUGAUCCUGGGGAGGUGUGGUGA